AUGGAGCUGCGCCACAAGGAGUACGAUGAAGCUCUGAAGGUGGCACGGCAAGCAGCAGGCCAGAAAAAAGCUGCUGCCUUCAAGGAAGACAAGGACGAUGUUCAAAAUCGCUUGUACCGCUCGACUAAGCUUUGGUCACUUUGCAUUGACCUGGAAGAGUCGUUGGGGACCACGGCGUCGACUAGAGCAGCAUAUGAUGCUACGCUGGAGCUCAAGGUGGCAUCGCCUGCGCUGAUCUUGAGCUACGCUCGAUUUUUGGAGGAUAGAAAGUACUUCGAGGACGCUUUCAAAGUCUAUGAGCGUGGUAUCAAGGUAUUUUCAUGGCCGCACGUAGGCGACAUUUGGCUCACAUACCUAUCAAAGUUUGUGGAGCGGUACGGCGGGCGAAAGCUCGAGCGGGCCAGAGACCUCUUCGAACAAGCUGUUGAGAAGGUGCCGUCCAAAUUUGCCAGGAGGCUGCACAUGCUAUAUGCCAAGCUUGAAGAAGAACACGGUCUUGCAAGGCAUGCUCUUUCCAUCUACAACCGCGCAACAAAGGCUGUGGAAGAGAAGGACAUGUUUGAAAUGUACGGUAUCUUGCUGCGCAAGACAGCUGAGCUCUUCGGUCAGACCCGUACCCGUGAGAUCUAUGAUCAAGCGAUUGAAGCCCUGCCGCAGGACGGGACAUAG